AUGGACGCUGGAUACGACGCCCUCGAGCAAGCUGCUUCCAGCUACUCUAAAAACAGAGAUCGCGACGACGACUCCCGAAGCCACCGAAGCAGCCACCGCGAAAGAGAUUACGACCGUGAUGCGGACCGCCAUUCCCACCGCGAAAGGAACGACCGUCACCGCGAACGAAGUGAGCGCGACUAUCAUCGAAGCGAUAGAGACCGGGGAGACCGCGACCGCGGGGGCGACAGGCGCGAGCGAGACCGAGAUGGGCGAGGGUACAGAGACGACCGAGGUAGUGGGAGGGAUGGAAGAGAUCGAUAUCCUCCUCCUGGAUACGACGACAGACCUCCCCGCCGAAGGCGUAGAGAAGAGGACGAUGUAGGGAUCGCUGCGGAGCCUAUGACUACCCACCGCGACCGCCGACCGCGAUACGAUGAAGACCCUGCUGCUUCUGCCGCGCCUAUGCGCAGCUGGUCGCCGCCUCGAGACUUUAGAAGAGGUGGAGGGGGAGGAGGAAGGCGGGACGAUGAUUGGCGUGGAGGUAGGGGCAAUGACAGGCGAGGGGGUGGGGGUGGAGGGAGGUUCUACGAGGAAAGGAGAAGCCCUACGCCGCAGGGAACUUUGAGCUUGGAGGAGAGGAAGGAAAAGCUGUCGAGGUCGCUAUGGGACACUGCGCCCGAGCAAUUCGCCAAUGUUAGCGCUAUCGAAGCCAAGGCGACUGGUCUGUUCACCUAUGGUCCUGGCCGAGUACCUCCCCCUGCCCAUCUCGGUAUUCCCGCCACCUUUGUCGCCGGCUCUUUCCCUCCCAGCAACCCCAUCAGGACCAACAAGCGUCUGUAUGUCGGUGGUAUCAACGGAGAGAUGACGGAGAAGCAGAUCCAAGACCAUUACAACAAGCUUUGUGUUGAAAAGAAGCUGGUCGGAGAGGGUGAAGAGGCUGUUAUUGAGUGUCAGAUCAACAAUGACAAGAACUUUGCCUUCCUCGAGUUCUCUAAGCCUGAACUAGUCGACUCUGCUCUUGAAUUUGACGGUGUCGAGCUCGAUGGUCACGCGCUUUCGUUGAAGCGACCCAAAGACUAUGCCGGUAUCGACCCUCUCCUCCAGACCUUCAAUGGCGUCGUCAACCCCUCUGUCGCCGACUCUCCCAACAAGCUCUUUGUCGGUGGUAUCCCCACCUACCUCACUGACGACCAAGUCAUGGAGCUUCUCAAGUCUUUCGGUGAACUGAGAAGUUUCAACUUGGUCAAGGAAGGAGCGGGCGUUUCAAAGGGUUUCGCGUUUGCCGAGUAUCUGGAUCCAGAGGUGACGGACAUGGCUAUCCAGGGAUUGCACAACUUUGCGCUUGGCGAUAGGCAUUUGGUGGUACAGAGGGCCGCUGUGGGUAGGACUAAUGGUGUCAACAUGCCAAUCCCCGGUUCUGCUUCUUUCCUCAGUCAAAUCCCCCAAUUUCUCCAAAACAGCGCCGACGCUCCCCCCUCUCGUGUCAUGCUCCUCCUCAACAUGGUCACCCCGGAAGAGCUCUACUCUGACGAAGAGUAUGCCGACAUCCUCGAAGACAUUAACGACGAGUGCUCCAAAUACGGCGAAAUCGAAGGUGUGCGCAUUCCCCGGCCAGUACCCAAGAGUAAAAAGUGGGAAAGCACGCAGGAUGCGCAGGCGACAGCGGACAGGGCAAAGCAGACGGAUGAUGAAGCGGGUGUGGGUAGGGUGUAUGUGCUGUACAAGGAUGUGGAGGGGGCGCAAAAGGCGAUGAAGGCGCUUGGAGGGAGACAGUUUGCGGGUAGGACGAUUCUUGUGGCUAGCGUGUCCGAGGAAGAAUUCCUUGGCCCUGCGCCGCCGCCUCCCCCACCAGAGGACGGCGCUCCUGCUCCUGCGCCUGAUGCUCCUCCUCCUCCUCCUCCUCCUGCUGAUCUCGACGCUGCGGCCGACGCUGCCCUUAGAGACAUAAUGGGCGGCAUGUAA